CUCGGAACGCAAUUAUCAUACCGAGCGUUGCACUGUGUGCUCACUCACUGCCACUGUACUCAGCACCAUCCCCUCGUCUUGGUGUACUCCGGGAUCACGACUACUCGAACACAUUACGUUGUGAAAAUACUCAAGAAAGGAAACAGACAUUUCUUACGUUGACAAUACAGCAUAGUCUCGUUUGCGUCCGCAACCCGAUUCCGUUACGAGCUACGGGAGCGUGGCUUACCCGAGAUACACACACUCACAACACGAUCCAUAGAGUCAUCAACUAAUUUUCCACGAGAUAUGAAGCGCUCCUUUGUGUUCCCGAGUGCCUGUUGCGGUCUCGUCGUGGCAUCACUAUCGUUAUUCACCUCGACUACCGGUACCAGGGUGAGCGCCUUUACGCCUUCGCUAGUGUCGAUCGGAUCGACUGCAGUACGGACUCUUCAACGACAGACUCUGCGAUCUCAGAAUCAACCCCCAUCCUCUCCUUUUGCCUGGGGGUGUGACGCUGCUGUCCGCACCUCGGUGUUACACGCACGCUCCCCCUUUUCCUCCUUGUCAUCGCCGGGGAAUGCCACUUCGGAAAGCUCGCACGCUGUGCGCAGUCUCAGUCCGCAACAACAACUACAAGCGAAAGAUGACCGUUCCAUUACCACCGACAGUGCCGUGUACUGGUCCCAAGAAAAUAUGGAUGAGCAGCAUCACAAGGAGGAACUUUUGGAAAAGAACCGAAAUCAUAUGAGUAAUCUGGCGGUCACGAGCGAUGCCAGUCUCGUGCAGCCCGGCCCCUCGCAACGGGACAUUAACAUUGCUCGCAUUUUGUUGAUCGCCGCCGCGGCACUCUACGGCACGAACUUUUCUCUCGUCAAGCUAUUGGGCGAAACGGACUUGCCCGUUGGUGUCAGUGGGGCCCUGCGCUUUGGCAUGGCGGCGCUGGCAACCUCGCCUUGGCUCUUCGCCAAGGCCAAACCCAACGACGACGGAACCUUGCCGACCACCGGAUCAGACAUGUCCGUGGAAAUGGCGGCAACCAUGGCUGGACUCGAAGUCGGUUUUUGGAAUUCGAUUGGUUACAUGGCACAGGCGGUCGGACUCGCUACCACCGCCGCCAGUAAAUCUGCCUUUAUUUGUAGUUUGGCCGUGGUCGUCGUACCGCUCUUGGACUUUUUGGCCGGGAAACUCCUUCUUCCUCGACAAACCGUGGGUGCCUUCAUGGCGCUCGCGGGGGUAGCAAUUUUGGAACUUGGGGGUAUGAGUGCCGCCGACUUUACCCUCACUUUUGGUGACGCCGCCAGUUUGUUGCAACCCAUUUGUUUCGGGAUUGCCUUUUGGCGCAUGGAAGCCGCCAUGCAGCGGUUCCCCAACGAAGCGAAUCGAUCCACCGCCGCACAGCUGCUCAUGGUGUUCUUGGUCUCGCUGACCUUUGGACUUUUUACCGACCCGGGCGCCUUCAACGUGGCACAAUUGCAGGCCUGGUUGUCCGACACCAAUAUCUUGGCGAGCUUGUUCUGGACGGGCUGUAUUUCGACCGCACUCACCGUAUACAUGGAAACACUCGCGCUCAAGACCCUCAGUGCGGCCGAAACGACGCUCAUUUUCUCUACCGAACCGCUCUGGGGCACCGCUUUUGCCGCUCUCAUUAUGGGCGAAACGCUCGGAUGGGAAUCCGCCGUGGGUGCCGUACUGAUCCUCUCCGGAUGCGUCUUUAGCAAUCUCGGUAUACAAGGACUCCGAAAUCUAUUGCCGGGCUCAGACAAACCGGAUGAUUCGAAAACGACCGACAUUUCUGGCACUACACUGAGCUCGUCGCACGUGGCGGACGAUUCCGCCGGCAGCUCUACACACCACCAAGCGGCGUCCUUUUCCCCCACAUCGACCGAGCCGACGAAAAAGUUUUGGAAUCCCUGGACGAAAGAAUGGACGCAAGUGGGAGCGGUCGCCACCUUUGGAGCCGCUCUGUUUGGCGUCUGGAACGAACUGUCCGUAGGAACCCGGGUCAUUGCCAUGCAGGUGGAAGAAAUGAUGGACAAUUUUCUGUAACGGCGUUGCUCCUUCCCUCGUGGUGGGUGACUGAGCGGUUGACCGGUAUAUUGUCGCAUUGGUCAGAACCGCUUUCCGAUACACAAGAAACACACAAUGGUACCGAUUUCCACAGAGCAAAGCCGGCUUUUUUACCAUUUUUCAUUCCCGUACUUUGGAGGACCAUUUCGAAGCCUCCAUUUUGCAAAUCAAUAUCAUCAUUACGAACUUUCCUAUAGAGACUACAGCAACGCCAAUAACAUCAUAUAAUGAUCAUUUCUUCACUCGCUA